ACGCAUACUCAAUACAAGUCGUUAUUUGCUGAAAGAAGAGCCCAGCUGUGGCCGGCCGGUCACGGAGGAGUGCCCCCCCCACCGCAGGCCGCUGUCCGUUUCUCUCCGCUUUCUCCAGUGGACCUCCUCUCUGAACCUGUCCACCAGCUCAGUGACGUCUCCCAACCCGGAAACAGCAGCGAGACAGCUGAGAGAGGGAGGGAGAAGUCGAGCACUCUGCCCGGAGCUCAGUGAGGCACCCGGACUCCGCACGGCUUUCUCCACGGUGCCCCCUGCCCUGUCCUGUCCAGAGCCCAAGCCCCCGUUGCAGGACCGCGACCUCGGCCGAGCGCCUGGGUGGGCCUUCCUCCUGUCACCUUCCUCUUCUGGUCUGCUGGUAUCUGGUCAUGGGGAACCUCCUGAAAGUGUUGACGUGUACAGACCUUGAACAGGAGCCCAAUUUCUUCCUCGAUUUUGAAAAUGCUCAGCCCACAGAAGCAGAGAGGGAGACCUGGGAGGAAGUGGACGUGGUCCUGCAGGAUGCUCGAGCGAUACUCGAUGAACUACAGGCCUAUAAAGGAGCAGGGCAAGAGAUAAGAGAGGCGAUCCAGAACCCCAAUGAUGAGGCGCUGCAGGACCAGGCUUGGGCUGCGGUGGUGCCCCUGGUGGGCAAACUCAAAAAGUUCUACGAGUUUUCUCAGAGAUUAGAAGCAGCACUGCACAGCCUUUUGAGGGCGCUGACCAACGAAACCUACAGUGACUCCAUGCAGCACCUAGAGCGAGAGCAGGCCCUCGCCAAGCAGUUCGCCGAGAUCCUGCACUUCACGCUCCGCUUCGACGAGCUCAAGAUGAUAAACCCUGCCAUCCAGAAUGACUUCAGCUACUACAGAAGGACGCUGAAUCGCAUGAGGAUUAAUAAUGUCCCAGCAGAGGGAGAAAAUGAGGUCAACAAUGAGCUGGCCAAUAGAAUAUCCCUGUUUUACGCCGAUGCCACGCCCAUGCUGAAGGCACUGAGUGAUGGUACGACAAAAUUUGUAUCUGAGAACAAGAACCUGCCCAUCGAGAACACAACUGAUGUGCUGAGCACCAUGGCAAGCGUGUGCAAAGUCAUGCUGGAGACGCCUGAGUACCGUAGCCGCUUCAGCAGCGAGGCGACCGUGUCCUUCUGUCUGAGGGUGAUGGUGGGCGUAAUCAUCCUCUACGACUACGUCCAUCCUGUCGGCGCUUUCGCCAAGUCCUCCAAAAUAGACAUGAAAGGAUGCAUUAAAGUUCUUAGAGAUCAGCCCCCGAACAGCGUGGAAGGCCUACUAAACGCACUCAGGUAUACGACGAAGCAUCUGAAUGACGAGUCGACCGCUAAGACCAUUAAAAGCAUGCUGCAGUAAGAAACUCUGGGAUAUACACACCACUGGCCUCGCGCAAGUGUUCAGGGGACACACUCCCUCCCGAACAACGGCAAUGCACAGAAUGUUUCCUUUUAUAAACGUAAAAAUCCGGUUUUCUUUUUCUUUUUUUUGUGCCAAACUCUUUUUGGUAAAGUCUUGAUUUUAACACUUCCAAAAUAUGGCCAUGCCUCUGACGGCAGCUACAGUUCAGUAUAAAAAGAAAGAAAGAAAAAAAAAAGACUUCUUUUUGUUUUUCUUUUAAUUUAGCUUGUUCCCCUGUAAAAGGGAGGGAGAGUGUUUUUGACUUGAAAAUUUCAAAAAAGAGAUAUAUAUUGACAGAGAAAUAUAUAUUAUUUUUUGUUUGAAUUAAUAUUUAAUAUUAUGUCCUCUGCAUGACAUAAUGGUCUUUGUUUUUCCUCUAUUUAAGAAAAAAACAACUAAUGUUUCAAAUUUGUCUGCUUGGUUGUGUGUAAAGUUAAGAAUAAGUGAAUUUAAAUUAUGUUUUGCUAUUCAAAUGGUACUCAUUAAAAAACGGAGAUUAUGAAAUGAUAGUACUGUUGGAGUUUUAUAUUUUUUAUAGGUCUUGAUUUAUGUGGUUUUUUCAUAGUUGUGAUUUUUUUGGUUCCUUUUUUUGAAAAAUAAUUUCAAACUUUCUGAUAGGUGAAUAAUGAAAUGAGUUUUUGAUGUAUGACAACUUGCAAUGUGACGUUUGGGGGAAAAAUAAAUAAAAAUGCUUUCAUUUUUGUAA